AUGGCUUGCUCAAGCGCUCAAAUACACGGCCUCGGAACCCCCUCCUUCGCCGGUUCCCGAACCUUAUUCUUAGGUCAGAGGCUAAACACCAAGGCCUUCAUCAAGGUUAAGAGCAAACCCCGCAGGGUCCUUCCUCUCCGUGUCGUCAAUGAGAAAGUCGUUGGUAUCGACUUGGGAACAACCAACUCCGCCGUCGCCGCCAUGGAGGGCGGCAAGCCCACCAUCAUCACCAACGCCGAGGGCCAGAGAACCACCCCCUCCGUCGUUGCCUACACCAAGAACGGCGAUAGACUCGUCGGCCAAAUCGCCAAGCGUCAGGCCGUCGUCAACCCGGAGAACACCUUCUUCUCCGUCAAGAGGUUCAUUGGCAGGAAGAUGUCUGAGGUCGACGAAGAGUCCAAGCAGGUCUCUUACAGAGUCAUCAGAGACGACAACGGCAACGUCAAACUCGACUGUCCUGCCAUUGGUAAACAGUUCGCUGCUGAGGAAAUUUCCGCCCAGGUGUUGAGGAAGCUUGUGGAUGAUGCUUCCAAGUUUUUGAACGAUAAAGUGACCAAGGCUGUUGUUACUGUGCCUGCUUAUUUCAAUGACUCACAAAGAACUGCUACCAAAGAUGCCGGUAGGAUUGCUGGUCUGGAGGUUCUUAGAAUUAUCAACGAACCAACUGCUGCAUCCUUGGCCUAUGGCUUUGAAAGGAAAAACAAUGAAACUAUCUUGGUCUUUGACCUUGGAGGUGGUACGUUUGAUGUCUCGGUGCUUGAGGUUGGCGAUGGAGUGUUUGAGGUGUUGUCCACUUCUGGGGAUACACACCUGGGGGGUGAUGACUUUGAUAAGAGAAUUGUUGACUGGUUGGCUUCCAAUUUCAAGAAAGAUGAAGGCAUAGACCUUUUGAAAGACAAACAAGCUCUUCAGCGUCUCACUGAGACCGCCGAGAAAGCCAAAAUGGAGCUCUCAUCAUUGACUCAAACUAACAUUAGUUUACCAUUCAUUACUGCCACAGCCGAUGGUCCCAAACAUAUCGAGACAACCAUCACAAGGGCCAAAUUUGAGGAGCUGUGCUCGGAUCUUCUUGACAGGCUCAGGACACCAGUUGAAAAUUCAUUGAGGGAUGCAAAACUCUCAUUUAAGGAUCUUGAUGAGGUUAUCCUUGUGGGUGGAUCAACACGUAUUCCUGCUGUUCAGGAACUAGUAAAGAAGUUGACUGGCAAGGACCCAAAUGUCACUGUCAAUCCAGAUGAAGUUGUUGCCCUUGGAGCUGCAGUUCAGGCUGGUGUCCUGGCUGGAGAUGUCAGCGACAUUGUGCUGUUGGAUGUCACUCCAUUAUCUUUGGGUCUGGAAACUCUAGGUGGUGUAAUGACCAAAAUUAUCCCCAGAAACACUACGCUUCCUACCUCAAAGUCCGAGGUUUUCUCCACCGCUGCUGAUGGACAGACCAGUGUAGAGAUCAAUGUCCUUCAGGGUGAGAGAGAAUUUGUUAGGGACAAUAAAUCACUUGGUAGCUUCCGCCUGGACGGUAUCCCUCCUGCACCCCGUGGAGUUCCCCAAAUUGAGGUGAAAUUUGACAUUGAUGCCAAUGGCAUUCUCUCGGUCACUGCUAUUGACAAAGGCACGGGGAAGAAGCAAGAUAUUACCAUUACUGGUGCUAGCACCUUACCUUCGGAUGAGGUGGAGAGAAUGGUGAAGGAAGCCGAGAAAUUUUCAAAGGAAGACAAGGAGAAGAGGGAUGCUAUUGACACUAAGAAUCAGGCAGAUUCUGUGGUAUACCAGACAGAGAAACAAUUGAAAGAGCUGGGAGAGAAGGUUCCUGGUCCUGUGAAAGAGAAGGUUGAAGCAAAACUAGGGGAGCUUAAAGAGGCAAUUUCUGGGGGUUCGACCCAAGUUAUUAAGGAUGCCAUGGCUGCCCUCAAUCAGGAAGUUAUGCAGCUUGGUCAGUCCCUUUACAACCAGCCAGGAGCUGCCGGGGCAGGAGGCCCUACUCCACCACCUGGUGCCGACUCUGGCCCCUCAGAAUCUUCAGGCAAAGGACCUGAUGGUGAUGUCAUCGAUGCAGAUUUCACCGACUCUAAAUGA